UCACGUCUAUCGUGUUCUAUGACAUUGCGUGUACUUGAAAAGUAUUCAUCUAUUAAAUAGUAAAAAUGGUAGCUCAAAAAAAACAGAAAAAAUCUCAAGAAGGGAUCAACUCCAGAUUGGCCCUUGUUAUGAAAUCAGGAAAAUAUGUUCUGGGAUAUAAGCAGACAUUGAAGUCCCUCCGACAAGGAAAAGCAAAAUUAGUCAUCAUUGCUAAUAAUGCUGCACCUUUAAGGAAAUCAGAGAUAGAAUAUUAUGCUAUGUUGGCAAAAACUGGCGUGCAUCAUUAUAUUGGAAAUAACAUAGAAUUAGGUACUGCAUGUGGAAAAUAUUUCCGUGUAUGUACUCUUUCUAUUACAGACCCUGGAAAUUCAGAUAUCAUAAAAUCUAUGCCUACUGGUGAACAACCAUAAAUAUUUUUUAUUUAAUAAAAUUUUAAUAAAAAUAUA